GAAGGCACUCGCCAAAGUCCCGAUACGCAUGUCGACCACCAGCUACCAGAUCGAGGACGGCUUCGUGUCCACGUCGGCCGGCAGCUCCGUGCUCAAGGCCACACUGGAUGUGGAUGUGCUGGAUGAGAGCGCGAGCGACACUUCCACGGCGUCGCUGGUUCCCACGCCGCAGCACAAGCUGCGAGCUGCUCACUCGGAACUUAGCAGCCGCCUCUUCCCGCGUACCGAACGCUUCUGCUCAGGCGCUGAAGCUGUGCUCCGCGUGGCCAGCCAUGUGAGCGCCAACGUUUUCGAGUACCCAUUACUGCCGACGGCCGACGGCGCGCAAACACAGGAGAUCAAGCGCAAAGCCCGCGCACGAGUAGUCUCGCUCGAGAUUCGUCCGGGAGCAGCGGAUGCUGUGCGUGGCGCGCUGGCUGUGGGUGCGUCCUCGGCCGCGCUCAUCCCGUCGCAGACAUUGCCGAUGUUCUUGCCCAGCCUCUUCCAGCUGGCACAGAACGCCGCGGCGUCGGCGCCCGCCGUUUUUCAUGUGGCGUGCGAGGCAAUUCGCCGUGACAUGGCUGUCGCCAGCUCGUACGAGCCACUGUACGCGUUACAACACUCAGGUGCAUUGUUGCUUAACUCGGCUUCACCUCAGGAAUGCCAUGAUUUGGCAGUCGUGGCUCACGUGGCCGCCCAGCGCCUCCGAAAGCUGUUGAUUCACUUCUACGAUGGGGCGCGUGUCGCUCGUGAGAUGGCCAAGGUAGAGACGCUGACGGAGGAGUCGCUCGAGACUCUCGCUGCGCUCCACUCGACGGCACAAAUUGGAGAUGUUGUGGAGCAGGUGCAGAAAGUAAUGGACGACCUGUUUCACGUACUGCAACAUCAGUACCGUGUGUACGAGUACUUUGGUGCCGAGGAUGCUGAGUUUGUUGUGGUGGUUGUUGGUGAGGCUGCUGCAGCACUGAAACAAGCCGCGGCGUACGAGCAAAUGCUUGGUACCAAGGUCGGCGUUGUGCAGGUCCGUCUGCUACUUCCGUGGUCGCACAGAAUGUUUGCGCAGGCGCUUCCGACCACAAUUAAACGUGUGGUUGCUCUGGAGAAUGUGGCGCCAAGUGCGUUGACUUUCCAGCGUGGUCUGCUCACUCAGAAUCUGCAGGUGUUCUUCCAAUCGACGUACUGGCAGCCGGUCGUGGAAGCUGCCCCCGUCGUGGUGACUGGCGUGUACGGCGGUGUAUUCCGCAACUCCACAUUCUCAGUGGGUAUGGGGCGUGCUGUUCUGCGUCACUUGGCGACGGCCUCUUCUCGCCGCGCCUUCGUUGUGGCUAAGAGUGAGAAACUGUACGAUGCUGCUCUGGUGAACGCAACAUCGGAGAGCAGCCAAGCAACGAAGUUUGACGUGGUGUAUGGUGAGUCGCUGGAGCUUGAGGGCUCGGCCGCUUACACGAAGCAAUUUCUCUUUUACGGCUUCGACGAUGUGGAAUCGGACACUGCGCGUGCCGGUACCGAGACUAACAAGCUGUUUGAGUCGACUGUGGACCUGUUGAACAAGAACCCGGCCACGCGAGUGAAUGCUGUGGUGACUCACAGUGCCGGCGAGGAGGCUGCAGAGCGUCCCGUGUCGACACUGGAGCUCGCAGUGUAA